CACUGCCCAUCGCCCACAACGCACGCUAUUCUCGCCACAACAGGACUCUAUCACGCUCUCUAAACACCUCGGAGGUCGGUGCUUCACAACCAUGGCUAUCACUGCGUGUGUCGCGUGCCGCGAGCUCAAGGCAAAGUGCGUGCGCACCAACGAGGACGAUAAGAGCUGUACCCGCUGCACAAAGCUUGGCACCGAGUGCCAAGUCAUCCCGCGCAAGCUGGGCCGCAAGCUCGGCUCCAAGAACCGCCCAAAGAAUGCAGCAGACGAUACGCCCGGCCCGAGCAAGUCGACGCACUCGUCGCAUGCCUCACCGUCCGGCUCGCCAGAGCACAAGCGCAGACGGACGGGCUCGACGCCCCCGCUCACCCCGCCCCCGGGGGAACAGGUCCACCCGCCCGCCGACCCCGCGGCGUCGUCCUUCGGCGGCAUGCUCAACGUGCUCGCGUGCGUCGCGAACCAGGAGCCCGGGUCGGUGCAGGUGUGCUGCGGCACCGGGCUCGUGAUGCUCGCGCCUGCCGUGCCCACGCCCACGCCCAAAUGCCUCGACCGCGCGGCCUUCCUCGCGCAGUUUAGCGGCCCGGCGGCGUCGCUCGACGACUCGCACCCCUAUGCCGGGCUUGCAGUGCUCGAGGAGGGCCUGACGGAGAUCUGCCGCCCCGGGUCGCCGGUGCACGAGGUGCCCGGCGAAGACGUCGUCCACCAGCCUAUCGACCAGCCGAGGCUGGAUAACUGGCCCGAGUUUGAUGUCAUCACCUGCGGCUUUGUGACGCUCGAGCAGGCCGAGGACCUCUAUGAGGUGUACUGGGCCAAGUGCAACCCCGUCAUCCGCGUUCUCGACCCCGAGAUCCACACACUCGCCUACAUGCGUGAGAAGAGCGCCCUCCUCACCACAUCAGUUCUGGCCGUCGCGGCUCAGACGCUACCGGUGAACGACGUGACGCUCAACCUCGUGCAGAAGCUUGACAGGCACGCGCACCAGCUCAUCUCCCAUGUGUCAAGGCAUGGUUUCCAGUCGAUGGAGAUUGUCCAAGCCAUCUUGAUCAUCAUCACAUACCUCUGUGGCCUCAAGCAACACUUGACUUGGGCCCUCCUCUCCAAAGCCAUCGGCAUCGCCGUCGAGCUCCGCCUCGACGUCACCCCAACCCCUCAAUGGCAGGUGGAGGAGUUUGUGUCCAAGUAUCACAACGCAUCGGCAGAGCGCAUGAAGCGGAACUUGCAGCGCACGUGGAUGAGCCUCAUCGACUGGGAUAGGGCAACCGCUUUCAUCCGUGGCCGCCGCCCCAUCCUGCACGACCACGUCUGCGGCUCCAUGAAGUGGCUGACAGAGUGGUGCAGCCAGCCUGACGCGCUCGUGUUUGAUACCAUGUCGUGUGCGACUAUGGGACUCCGUGCCGUGGCUGUGCAACUCCAACGGCGUAUCCUGUACAAGCUGGCCUCGAAGGAGACCUUUGACUUUGAAGAUCACGUGCAUUUGGUCGACCACGAGUUGUCGUCGUGGCGCUCAACAUGGUUCUCCCGCUUGAUGCCAGAGGAACAAGUGCGCAUUGUCCACGAUAUGCGCUGCCUCCGGUUCGUCCUCCUCAUGACGCCUUACGAGCAUAGCCUGUACACCAAGGGAAUCGCCGGUAAGGUGCGCGAGCAGGUGCUCGCAGCUGCCAUCGAGGUGUGCAAGGGUGCGAUUCCUCUGUUGGCGGGUAACGGGCCGACCAGCGGGGUCAACAGUGUGACGUGCUACCGGCUCUAUCUCAUCUCGUACACGGCCUUCUGUACCCUGCGCAUCAUCGACGCCUCGCCACUUUGGGGCGCGAUCGAGAACCUCAGCUCCGACAUGGACUUGUUCCACCUCUCGAUCCUCGGCGUGCUCGCCAAGCGGCUGCUCAACCUCCGCGCACACAUGAACGUCGGCUCGCUGUCCGUCGCGCUUGGCCGGCGGCUCAUGAACGCGACGCGCAAGCUGGCCACGACGCGCUUCUUCGGCGAGGGGGGAGCCGGCGCGCCGGGGGUCAACACGGCCGCACAGGUGGACGAGAAGCCGUACGCCGCCAAGGGCGGACCACAAGCCCACCACGCGCCACACCCACCCCCUCCGGCAGAGGCGCCACCCGGCUACGUCGGCCCAAUCUUUGGUGAUAAUGGCAUCAUGGCCAUGAUGGACCCGCAGGAGGUCGCGUUCAACUUUGACUUCACGCACAUUGGCGACUUGUUCCCGUUCAACGAGGAGACGUUUGCGAAUUACAUGUAGGAGAGGCGUGUUUUGAGUGUAUUAUGGAUGUUGUGCCACCUGCCCGCCUGCCUGCCCUGG